GUUGCCUCGCGGGUCGCUCCUUCCGCGCAUAUAUCUGCCGCCCAAUCUGCCCACCCGCCCGUGGUGUUCCUGUUCGACCAUCGCCCUGAGACUCCCCCCGAGGCUUUCCGAUCUGCCUCUUCCCAUUAUCCGCGCUCCACUCAUCCCAUCCCAUCCCUUCCCGAUCCCAUCCCAUCUUGAUCCAAACCUCGCCUCAGCCAUGUCUCGCUUCGCCGUUAUCAAGACCCGUCCUUCGUGGCUUCUUGCCCGGACCUUCUCGACCACCCUGAGCACCCGGCUCGCGACCAUUGGCCAGACUGCGGCAACCCCAGACAACGGCGCCGCCCACUACGCUGAAUCCCCGCUCCGAAACGACUGGACCAAGACCGAGAUUAAGCAGAUCUACGACUCGCCGAUCAUGGAUCUGCUGUACCAUGGCCAAAACGUGCACCGAAAACACCAUGGUGCUCGCGAGGUCCAGCAGUGCACGCUCUUGAGCAUCAAGACCGGCGGCUGCUCCGAGGAUUGCUCGUACUGCCCCCAGUCGUCCAAGCACGACACAGCGGUCAAGGCCAGCAAGCUCAUGACCGAGGACAGUGUUCUGCAGGCUGCCCGCAGAGCCAAGGAGGCCGGCAGCAGCCGUUUCUGCAUGGGUGCCGCCUGGAGAGAUCUCAAUGGCCGCAAGACCAACUUCAACACCAUCCUGAACUACGUCACCGAGAUCCGUGGCAUGGGCAUGGAAGUGUGCUGCACGCUUGGCAUGCUCAACGAGGAGCAGGCAAAGGCCCUCAAGAACGCCGGCCUCACCGCCUACAACCACAACCUCGACACCAGCCGCGAAUAUUAUCCCAAGAUCAUCACCACCCGCACCUACGACGAGCGCCUGGACACCAUCGCCAACGUCCGGGAUGCCGGCAUCUCUGUCUGCUCCGGUGGCAUCAUUGGUCUGGGCGAGACCCCCGAGGACCGCGUCGGUAUGCUCUGGCAGCUGGCGACCAUGCCCGAGCACCCCGAGAGUGUGCCAGUGAACGCCCUGCUUGCUGUCGAGGGCACUCCUCUGGAGAAGCAGGAGCCCGUCAGCAUCUGGGAGAUGAUCCGCAUGAUCGCGACCGCACGCAUCAUCAUGCCUAAGGCCAUGGUUCGGCUAUCCGCUGGUCGCGUUCGCUUCAGCCACGCCGAGCAGGCUCUCUGCUUCAUGGCUGGUGCCAACUCCAUUUUCACCGGAGACAAGCUGCUGACGACUCCCAACAACACCUUCACGGAUGACGAGCUCAUGUUCCAGACCUUGGGCCUGAUUCCCAAGAAAGUCAACCUCCAGCAAGGCUCUGAUAAGGCCGAGAAGCCGGUGUAUGCCUCCAAAUGCUCCUCGGGCUGCUCGCACUGAGCGUCCAUCGCGACAAUCGAUCCAAAUGCCUGUCCAGACUGCAGUAGGCAGCAGUCGGCUGUGAUCCCCUUUACUCAGGGGGGGGGAAUGAGACACUGGCCCACAUGAUCCUAACUCAGGCUCAGAGAGGAAUGCUCCUGCUGGCCUCUGCCAAACACAAUACACCCACGAUCUUCUGGA